AUAUAUAUGAGUGAAACAAGACUGUAGGUGAACAAAAAUAUUUUAAUAAGCAGUAUUAUCUGUUUAAAAGUUAAAGAACAGUUUCCCCUGCGGCGUUAAAUUAAAAUGGCAAGGUAAAGUGAGAUUUAUGUUUUUCUUUUACUCUCUUCUGACUACAGCCUAAACAAUUUGCGAAUUAAUAAAAAAAAUGGUUGAAACAUACGUAAUAGAUAAAUAUUAAUAGAAAACAUUUAUAAUUUUUUUAUUUAAUUUCUUCGCUAAAACCAAAUAAAAACAGCAUCAGUUUCCUUACGUGACCUUUCUGAGGACAGCCCGUCAUGAUUGAUUGACACCGCAUCAAACCAAUGAGAAACAGGUAAACAGUUAUUGACGGGACGUUUUGUCCAAUCAGCUUGUAGAUUGAGCCAAUGGGCGGGGUUUACGAUUGGUUCGUUUGUUAAGUAAUCUCUGCUGCUCCCGGUUGUUUUUGAGUUAUGUUGAUAUGCGGCAAUAUUCACACUUUGUGUACACUUUUAUUACCAAUAUUGGUUGUUUAAAAUACAGUUAAUUAAAUUUAAAUGUUUGUGCUGAUUUUAAUGCUUGAUAGCAGCCCGCCCGCCUGAGUCGCCCCACAUCACAUGCUCAGCAGGUUCCAGGUUGCAGCAAAUCGAGCUCACCGGUCGCCGUGUUUUGUUGUUUUUCAGCGGUGUAUCGUGUUUGGCCUGUCAAACCGUGUGACUCUUCACUGGAACGACGAGACUGGAAUAACAGGGAUGCACAUGACUAAAAAGACCAGAAACACAAUGAGACCGCCAUCACAGUCCUCUCCUGUCAGCAGCAUAGUGUUCGAAGGCGUCUACAACAACGCCAGGAUGCUUCAUUUCCUCACAGCCGUCGUGGGAUCAACCUGCGACGUGAGAGUGAAGAACGGCGCUGCGUACGAAGGAAUCUUCAAGACGUUAAGCUCACAGUGUGAGCUGGCUGUGGAUGCUGUUCAUAAACAGAGCGAUGGAGAUGGAGGAGGAGGAGGAGGAGGAGGAGAGGAGGGAGGGGGGAGUCUGUCGUCUCUGCCGAAGAUCGAGGACAUCACAGACACGAUGAUCUUCAGCCCCGCCGACCUGGUGACCAUGACCUGCCGUGACGUCGACCUCAACUUUGCUGUCAGAGACACAUUCACUGACUCCUCCAUCAGCUCGUCGCGGGUGAACGGUGAGCACCGGGAGAAAGUCCUGCAGCGCUGGGACGGAAACGGAGAAAACUUUGAGCUGGAGGCGGACACGUCAAACGGCUGGGACGCCAACGAGAUGUUCAAGUUUAACGAGGAGACGUACGGCGUGAAGUCCACCUACGACUCCAGUCUCUCCAUGUACACCAUGCCUCUGGAGAAAGGGAACUCGGAGGUUUUCCGGCAGCGAGAGGCUCGAGCCACGCGGUUGGCCAACGAGAUCGAGGGCAGCCUGCAGUACCGCCGCAGGGUUUCCCUGGAGAACGACGAGGGCCGCAGCGAGGAGGACAAGUUCAGCUCAGUGGUGAGGGACCGCGAGGACCGGGCCAGCCCCGGGUUCCCGUCGAGUGGCAGGGAAGGUAAAUACAUCCCUCUGCCUCAGCGCGCCCGGGAGAUCGGCCUCUCCGGGCGGACCGGCUCCUCCGGUCGGACCGCCGCCCCGCCCUCCUCCAGACACCCGCCCCCCGGCUCCUCCCCCAAACCGCCGUCUGACCGGAGCAGCCCGCUGUCCGUUAGAGCCGCCUACUCUCCUCACCAAUCACAGAGCAGCCCGCCGGCCAGCAGCCCACCCUGCUCCAACCACGUCCUCCCGCACUCCCUCUCCCACCCGCAGUCGCUCAACGACUCCUCGCGCUCCUCCGUCAACGGAGUUACAUCCAGAACUUCCCCCAAAUCACAGAGACUUCAGACCAGCAGAAACCUGCGGACUCCGAACUCCCAGUCCUCCCCUGCAGUCUCUCGUGGUCUGAAGCCAGACGUCCCUCCUCAGGACCUCCCGCUGGUCGGCCCCACUUUCUUGGACUCCUCCUCCUCCAGCGUCGCCACAGUAACCAGCGCUGCCAAACCUGGCGCCGGCCCGACGCCACUGUUCCCCGUCGAUGUGAACGAGAUCCUGAACUCAGCAGCUAAAGAGAGAACAGAGAGUCUGACUGAAGGGAAAAGCAGCAAAGCUCCCUCGGUGCAGCAGAGGUCUCAGCUGGAGGAACUCCGCAAAUUCGGCAAAGAGUUCAGGCUGCAGCCGACCUCGUCACCGUCAGCGAGCCCGGCGUCCUCAGACCCUCCUCCACUCAACGCCACCUCCCCCGACUCUUCCUCCUCCUCAUCCCCCGCGCCUCCUAAACCCGCCCCCUCCCUCGCCCCCUCUGCCCCGGACCUGCAGCCCACCAUGGAGCCCCCCCAGACCAUCUCCAGGCCCCCGGAGGGGCCGCAGCCCGGGCCGGGUCCAGAGGAGAGCGGGGAGCAGCCAGAGGCCGUUACUGCUGCUGCAGCGCAGGUGAAAAACUCGACGCUGAAUCCAAACGCAAAAGAAUUUCUCCCCAUAAAAGUGAACACAGUGCAGAAGCCCGCGCCCACCCCCACCCCGCCCCGGCCGACGCCCCCCAGCCCUUCUCUGGUCCUGCCUCCCCCGGGGCAGCCAGCAGGGGGCGCCAUCUACAACAACCCGCCCGGACACUACCUGUCCUACGUCUCCCCGCUCCACAUCCAAGGACACCAGAUCCAGGCUCCUCAGAUGUAUCAGUACAGCAUGUCGACUGUCAAUCAGGGCAAAUACCCCAGAGCCAAAGGCCCGGUGGUGGGGCAGCGCCCGGACCACCACGCCUCCUCCGCCUCCCCUAUGCUGUCAGCAGCAGCCUCGGCAGCAGGACCCCCGCUGGUGGCCUCCCCGUACCCCCAGUCCUACCUGCAGUACGGUCAGGUGAUCCAGGCCCUGCCCCCUCACUACCACGGACAGCCGGUUUACUCAAUGCUGCAGGGCGGAGCGAGGAUGUUGACGUCCGGGGCUCCUCAACAGAUGGGCCCUCCUGGGGCCCAGUAUCCUGGCCAGGCUGAGGGCCCCCAGGGGCCACAACAGGCCAUGUAUGCUCAGUCGUUCUCUCACCACUCGGGCUCCAUCCAUCAUCCUCAGCCCUCCAGCACCCCGACUGGGAACCAGCCCCCUCCCCAACACACAGCCCCCAGCCCAGGACACAACCAGUCGAAUCAGGCUGGUCCUCAGCCUCAGUCCAUCUUCCACUCUGGAGGUUUGUCGGCUCCGACCCCUCCGAACAUGCAGCCGGGCCACAACUCCCCGCAGGCCUCCUACACCAUGCAGGGAUACAGCCUCCCCUCCCACCAGGCUCUGCCUCACGGCUUCCCCUCAAUCAGCCAGCUCACACAGCAGGCUCACGUCACAGGAGGCAUGUCAGGGCCUCACCACACUACAGGUCACGGCUUGCCGCCCGUCAUGCUGCACUACGUCCCCCCUCAGCAGGGCGGCGGCGGCGGAUCCAACCCCCAGCAUGGCCCUCAGCAGGGCGCCCCACAACACUUCUACAUUGGACCCCACCAAGCUGUUCAGGUUCAGGCUCAUCCCGGUCAGCAGCUGUCCUUCCACCCGUCUGCAAACUGAACUUCCUCGAUCACAUCUGGCCUCCGGAGAGGAAGACGAGCACUACUGUGUGACGAGACCCCCCCCCCCCUUAAAAAAAAUAAAUAAAUCCUGAAACAACUCCUAACAUUCCCACCUACUGACAUCAGAUUAACACGUCCUCAUUUUUACCCACAUCAUCUUUUAGACAGGACAACUUUUCUGGAUUUUAAAGUGUAAAUACGAACUGUUUUCACACGUGAACAGGAAGCUGGACUGAAGACGACAACUGGUGGAAACUUUUAGACCGACGACAGUGGAAACAGUUUUUCUCCCCGUCCCGCCUCCUCUGUCCUUUUACAGACGAAACCAGUUCAUUAAUAAUAAAACCACUGAAAUAAAUAAAAAAA